AUGGAGACAACAUCUGGAAGAAACCUAACCCCAAGCCACAGGCUACGAGAUCACACAAUAAAUGUGAAUGGCGACUAUUCUGCUAUCGAGUCAAAUGAACCCGAUGAUGGCGAUAUUUCCAAUUCGCGAUGUCGAAGAGAAUGUCGGAUUGCUAAUCAGCAAGCCGUCCGUACAGAUGUGGUGGCGCCCGACUUAUUGAAUCACAUCUCCUCAGAAUCACAAAGCCUUAGAGAGCACCAACAGGCUUGUCAUAGGCUGUUGGAAACGAGACAUGCUGAUCAACUGUCGCUGCUCCCUGGUGGGGGACAUAAUGGUCACCAUCAUCCGAAAACACCCUGGCAGCCUUUCUAUCUACGAAGAACAACCUCUCUCUUAUUUAUGGGAGUUUUUGUGCUCAUGAUUGUUGGGCUUGAAACGCUGUCCACAAUCUCGACCCAGCAGUCUGGUCUACCAGGAGGGAUGCCAUUUAUGCGAUACAUGUGGAGCUACGGAACUACUGGCAUUCUUACCUUGACUGCAGCAUUUUGGCACCGCUUGGACUACGAAACAAAAGUGGCAGUCCCGUGGUUUAAAGCAAAUCCGAUUAUUACCAGCAAAGCGGCCUUGGAAGUCGACUACAUUGAUACUUGGUCCUUAUUGGUCCCAUUCAAAGCUUUUAGGAAUAGGGAUUGGGAUGUAACCAGCAGCUCCAGUAUAUCCCUGCUACUUCAAGUGGUGAUUGUGCUGUCCACGGCAUUAUUUUCCUUGAUGCCAACAAACUUGACCAACGACGCCGAACCUAUCUUCUUAACGAGUCGAUUUGUCGAUGAUCCAACGCGCCUGAAGAACAGCGAGUCACUGCUUCCCUACUACAUUGUCAUGGGAUCAGAAGCUCCAGACGGCCGAUUAUCUGAUAAUGGCGCUCUAAGGAAUGCUCGCUUGACUUACCCCGAAGGUUGCACGGAUCAAUUCGCUUACCAGACAUUUGAUCCGGUGUCCUCAAACCUGAUAGAGGUCAAAGCGACUGUUGAAGGGCUGAGUCUGGAUCUUGCAUGUGAACCAGCAAGUGUAGAAAAGGUGGUGAUAAUGCCGGAGUAUUUUCUUACGUUCCAAGAAGAUAAUACUAUAUAUAUCACGGGUGAAGGUCCAUAUUUCCCAGUCACUUACCAAGGCUGUCAAACAAACAUUAGCUGGGACAACUUUGAUCCAGAACGAAAGGCCAACACAACUUUCCGUGAAAAUGGAAUGAUGUUGAAUGGUAUUCGUGGCUUCGGUGGCAUGCAGUGCAAUUCAACGAAUAAGCAUGAUCACCGACUAGUUUUGCUGUCUUUCGAGGUAGAAUUGCACUCAACUAAACAAAAUAUCGUUAUUAAAAAUGACAGUGACAUGGGUGCUGGGAAGGAGGGAUAUAAUAUCACCGUUGAUGCAACUGUUUCACAAGCAGUAGCAUUGGCGUGUAAGCCAUCUUUGGAACAGAUCUCGCUCAACGUUUCUCGGAACAGUGAAGGAGUACAGAGCGUUGCUCCUAUCAACGGGGAACCUGUUGAUUCCUUGAGAUUCGUACACCCUUGGGAUUUCAUCGACUUUUUCUUCGACAAAUAUGCCAUUUCAACGUCAGCAUAUGAUGUUUCAGAAGUCAAUAUGACUAUAGGGGCUAAUGGGUGGUCCCAGAUUGUUUUGGCUUUUUGUGGCCGGUCUUGCAAUCAAACACCGAGACUCCUGAAUGGGACAUUUCUCGAGGAAAUUCUGGCUUCGUUCUUCUCAUAUUUUGCGGCCGCCACUGCGCACGCAUUGCUUCGGGAAAGGGCUCAAAUCACAUCAACUGGAAUCUCUUCAGUCAAUAUGACGAGCCUACGGGUGCAACCGAUGGUAUGCGAAGCCAUGGUUGCACUGCUGACUGUGGUUAUCUUGACAAUUUUGGUGACUCAAUUCAAGCACGAAAGAAUCAUGCCAUGCAUGAUAAGCCCUGGAUCGAUCGCGGCCAUGGCGAUCCUCGCCGGCCGAACUGCAUCCUCCGGCUUCUCCACUGAUCUCGGGUCGGUAAGGACAACGCAAUUACUUGCAUGGUUGAGUACAUCUCUCUGUGAAAAUUUCUUUCCAUACCAAUUGGUCGUCCCUGCCUGGACAAAAAUGAAUACCCACCUCAGCAAUCUCAAGAGGACAGCGGAAAAUGAACGGCCAACAUCAUCUGAUAACGACAAGUUCAAGCAUCCGGGUCCACUGCGGCCACUCAAUCGAUUGGCUUUCACUGUAGCCACAACAGGAUGUGCAAUCACAUUAAUGGGCUUGCUUCGAAAGUCUGCUAACGAGGAAGGCUUAGGAGAUGCUGAAGGUUCAAAAUACCUCCUUUAUCUCUGGACCGCAGUUCCAGCCGCGAUUCUGACUACCUUGUCAUGGUGGAUGUCAUCUAUUGACACCCAAGUUCGGCUUUUCGCACCUUACAACUGUCUUAAGCACGACAAUUGCCGCAGCUCAAUUCUUCAUAUGGAUCUAAUGCGAGGGCUGAUUCCCACAAUUCUCUACCAGGAGCUAAAAACCUCCAAUUUCGCUGCUGUUUUAACUACAAUUUCUGCUCUGCUUGGAGCAACUCUGACUACUGCCUCAGCUGCCCUGUUCCAUGUCAUUAUACAUCCUGUUUCGGAGCCAGUCGAACUCACGCUUCAAACGAUUUUGACGGCGCCAACCCCAAAGCCAGUCGCGGUUACCGAUUCCUGGAGCCUUGCGCUCAGGAAUCCUUCAUACGUUGACACGACUCGUCCUUCAUCGUUGAUCCUCGAGACUAAUUUGUCUUACUCACAAGAGGUUUAUCAGGACCUCGUGUUCCCCACGUACUCGAUAAUAACUCUCGACACCGCAAAUGCCUCUCAAACAAACAAUGUCUCAUCGGCUACCAUAAAAGCUAUAACACCAGCAUUGCGGCCACGAUUGUCUUGUCGUCUGUACAACGAGGCUGAUAUAGAGGCAGUCUAUAAGCGUGAUCAGCCAAAGGUGUGGAGUGACGACCUACUGAAUAGCAUUUCCGUCAACAUCACGUCGGAGUACUCCUGCUGGCAGCAUCAUCCUUUGAUUAAAAGUACAGCGCUCUUUGAGACUGGAAAUCUUUCAGAGCUGUUUUUUGCAGCUACAGCUUCAAACACGGCUUCAACUAUACUGAUGAGUGGCUGCCGUAGCUUUCUCUAUAUUUGGGGCUACCAUGACUCCUCGCCCGGUCCUGUUGGAUAA